AUGCAGACCCAGAUGGGAAUUGGGGGUGAGUUGCAGAGGAGCUACAGAAUGCAGGAUUUCACGUCGCCCGGCGUCAUAAUGAGGGAGAGGAGCUUCAUUCGGCCGCAGUCCCAUCAUAAUGUGCAUCAUGGCCAGUUUCCGAACAAUGGGAAACGGCGAAGUAUGAUUCUGACUAACGCUAAAGGAAAACCCACGCUUGAAAUCUACAGACCUCCAGGCGUGCGCACAGACGGCGUGGCGGCGCCGGCGUCGUCCGCCGCCAGCACCGGCGCGGCUACCCCCACCACCACCACCGCCACCAACAAGCUGAACGUCCACGCCAAGGAGUUCACCAUGGCCAAGCCGGUUGACCUGCAUAAUAGGUCAGCGAUGGGCGUGGGGUACACGGGCGUGGGGCUGCAGCACUCGCGGUCGGCGGUGCUGCACGCGCAGGUGCCGCCCCACUACAGGCCGGUGCUGCCGCCGCACGCGCUGCUCAACAGCACCUCGAGCGGCAACGUUCCGCACGUGGGGGGUCCCCGCGUCCACUUCAAGCUUCAGCCGCAGCAGCUGGGCGAAAAGAAGCGCUCGCCGCCCUCCUCCCUCUCUAACAGCAACGGCAAGAGCGUCCGCCCGCAGCCGUUCGCCGCGGGCCUGAAGCGCUCGAAGUCGCUCACGUCUGCGGACACGCUCGCCAGCGGCAUGGCGGCGCUGGGGCUGGCUGCCGACGCGGGGGACCUGGGCACCUUCCCGCCCGACAUCCAGGAGUGCAUCGACAAGGCGCUGGACGACCCGAACGCGGUGGCGGCGCGCACGCUGAUGGACGCCGUGGGGCACCUGGUGUCGCGCGCGGUGGAGUCGCCUCGCUACGCGCUUCCCGCCGCCCGACGCUGCAUCGCCGUCGUGGAGCGCGAGCAGACGGAGACCUUCCUCGAGUCGCUGCUCAACACCUGCCAGCAGUGCUACCACGACCGCGACAAGCUGCUGGGCGCGGUGGUGGGCGGCGGUCGUCCGCGGCUGAUGGCGUUCCUCUCGUUCCUGCUGGAGAUGUACUGCCAGCUGCGGCGGCGGGCGAUCCACCGCCGGGGCGCGAGCGCCCAGCCGGGCCACGUGCUGCUCACGCUCAUCUGCAAGUGCUGCGAGGACUGCAUCCGGCAGCCGGUGCCCUCGCCCAGCGACACGGAGAACCUGUUCUUCGUGCUGACGUACAUCGGGCGCGACCUGGAGGCGCAGCUGCCCGGCGAGCUGGAGCGGCUGCUGAGCGCGGUGCGCGACGCGUUCCUCAACACGGCCGCCGCGCCCUCCAUCCGCCGCACGCUGCUGCAGCUCAUCGAGCUGCACGCGUCGCGCUGGCAGCUGCCCGGCUGCGCGGUGCUCUACUACUACCCCUCGUCCAAG